UGCCGCAGUGCGCAUGCUCAGUGUAGUAGCCGGUUAUGGCGGCGGUGUGUGUUUGUCCAUGAGGUGGGGGACUCCUGCUAUUCUUGCGGUGUGUGACAGAGCGAUCCGAGCGAAGCGCUGCCAUGGCUGGAGUGUUUGACAUUGAUUUGGACCAGCCGGAGGAAAAUGUCUCCGACGAUGAGAACGAGGAGGGUCAAAUCGCUGAUCUCAUGGAGCAGUGCAUUGAGUUCAACAUGGAUGACUGCGAGAAGAUCGAGAUAUCCGAGGACAACGUCAAUCAGGGCACAGAGAGCAUCCGACCGGAGUGCUUCGAGCUGCUGCGCGUCCUGGGGAAGGGUGGCUACGGAAAGGUUUUUCAAGUUCGAAAGGUUGUCGGCGCUGCGGCGGGCAAAAUAUUUGCCAUGAAAGUUUUAAAAAAGGCUAUGAUUGUGCGCAACGCCAAGGACACAGCCCACACCAAGGCGGAGAGGAACAUCCUGGAGGAAGUGAAGCAUCCCUUCAUUGUCGAUCUCAUCUACGCCUUUCAGACGGGAGGGAAGCUAUACCUCAUCCUGGAGUACCUGAGUGGAGGAGAACUCUUUAUGCAGCUGGAGAGAGAGGGCAUCUUCAUGGAAGACACAGCCUGUUUUUACCUGGCAGAGAUCUCCAUGGCUCUGGGCCACCUGCACCAGAAGGGCAUCAUCUACAGAGACCUAAAGCCCGAGAACAUCAUGCUUAACAGCCAAGGUCACGUAAAGCUGACAGACUUCGGGCUGUGUAAAGAAUCCAUUCACGACGGCACGGUCACGCACACUUUCUGUGGCACCAUCGAGUACAUGGCUCCAGAGAUCCUCAUGAGAAGUGGGCACAACAGAGCGGUGGACUGGUGGAGUCUGGGCGCUCUGAUGUACGACAUGCUCACAGGAGCGCCGCCUUUUACUGGUGAAAACCGAAAAAAGACAAUUGACAAGAUCCUGAAGUGCAAGCUCAGCCUCCCGCCCUACCUCACACAAGAAGCUCGAGACCUCCUAAAAAAGUUGCUAAAGAGAAACGCUUCAUUGCGGCUGGGAGCGGGAGCAGGAGACGCUGCAGAGGUGCAGAGUCAUAAUUUCUUCCGACACAUCAACUGGGACGAUUUGCUGGCUCGGAAAGUGGAGCCUCCCUUCAAGCCUUUUCUGCAAUCGGCUGACGACGUGAGUCAGUUUGACUCAAAGUUCACCAGUCAGACGCCCGUCGAUAGCCCGGAUGACUCGACCCUCAGUGAGAGCGCCAAUCAAGCCUUCCUGGGUUUCACGUAUAUUGCUCCAUCGGUCCUUGAAAACAUCAAAGAAAAAUUCUCGUAUGAGCCAAAAAUCCGCUCACCGCGACGCAUCAUGGACAGCCCAAGAACACCGCUCAGCCCGGUCAAGUUUUCAGGCGGGCACUGUUGGCAUCGGAGCCCCCUCGUUCCCAGCAGUGGACCCGGUGUCCUCCAGUCUCCUCAAGACCAGGCCAUGGAACUGUCCACCCCAGAGCAGAUGGACAUCACAACCAGCGCCGAGGCCUCGGCCCCUCUCCCCAUCCGUCAGCCUGCUGGGAUCAACCUUGCUCAGAUGAAGCAGCAAGCCUAUCCUGUCAUGGCCAAACGGCCCGAGCAUCUACGUAUGAACCUAUGACCCCGCCGCCACUGUUUAGGAGAGUUUAUUUCUUGACUCUUUUUUUUUUUUCUUCCUCCCACCAAUGUUAUUUUUUUAAGAAACAAAGCAAAAAAAAUGGAUGCUAGAGACAAUGAAAAUCCAAAAUUGCACAUCCGCACACUACAUAUACUGUCAGAACCUGGAGUUUGUGCGUGCAUUUGGGACUCCGGCGUGCUAUGGUUAAGUGCUACCGACAAUAUCACGUCUCACCACUUCUGACACCUCAGGUCUGUUGACCUUCGUCUUCUGCCCCGACCCCACCCCCACUCAAAUGGACUACAACAGAUGUUUGGAGGAGCUGCAGCCUGUAACGUAUCUCACGGUGUGCAAGCAACUCAAACUGAAAUGCAGUCGGCCUAGAAGGUAUCCAAAGUGCUUUACGCUGUUUAAAAGUGGGGGGAGAGGCGAGCUUCUUCCAUUGGAAGAAUUUGGACAGGACUUCUCAGAUAAAAUGCUUCCUGUCUCUGAGUGAAAAGGUAUGAAUUUAUUUAAAAAAAGAAAGAUUGGUUAAGGAAAUUGUCUUUGAGUAGCAGACAAGAAGAGGCUCUGGGGAUGAUGAAUAUAGCUUUAUGUCUUAACAAACACAUCAACGAUGAACCAGAGAGCCUUGAUUCAAAGGAGGAAACCCCCUGUUGAUUUUUACAAUCUUUGAGCGUUGGUGUUAUGGAUGACGUGUGAAACGGUUCAUUUGGCGUGGGAUCCCUGCCUCAGUUAUCCACUCUUCAGGCAUUACCACACUAUAGGUUGUAUCACUGGGGUUAGCUGGCACGUCACCAGGUACACGGGCCUCAUUCAGCAUUAGCGUGAACCACUUUCUCUUCCCCUAUCGUCACACAAAACAAACUGAUUUCGGUGCUGCUUUCUUUGACCCCACCCUCCUCAGUCUUACACCCAGCAGGAGAUGCUGCGCCCCUGCGGUUUUUGGGACGUCGGACCUCACCUGACCCGUGGAAUGAUUCACAUCGGAGACUGCGGCACCAGUUGAUCUGGACUGUCUGCCGUUUUUAUGCUCCAAAAACCUGGAGCAGCAUUUACAGCCUCCUUGCCUCUGCAUUAACUUGUUAAGGAGCAACAUUUUAGAAGUCUUGGAAAGCAAGAAAAAUUAUAAAUAAACUGUAAAAGAAAUACAAA